GACCUACCCCUGCGCUGAGGUUGCCUGACCACUGCACCUGCUGCCCAGAGCUUUGUUCCCGAAGAAAGUGGAAGUCAGCUGAGGCCACUAACUGCCGGAGCCAUGGUCCACGGCCACAAAGGGGUCCAGUUCCAAAACUGGGCAAAGACCUAUGGCUGCUGUCCAGAGAUGUACUACCAGCCCACAUCUGUGGAGGAGGUCAAAGAGGUGCUGACCCUAGCUCGACAGCAGAACAAGCGGGUGAAGGUGGUGGGUGGUGGCCACUCACCCUCGGACAUCGCCUGCACGGAUGGCUUCAUGAUUCACAUGGGCAAGAUGAACCGGGUUCUCCAGGUUGACAAGGAGAAGAAGCAGGUGACAGUAGAGGCUGGCAUCUUCCUGUCUGACCUGCACCCACAGUUGGACAAGCAUGGCCUGGCCCUGUCCAAUCUGGGAGCAGUGUCCGAUGUGACAGUCGCUGGUGUCAUUGGGUCUGGGACACACAACACGGGAAUCAAGCAUGGCAUCCUGGCCACUCAGGUGGUGGCGCUGACCCUGCUGACAGCUGAUGGGAUCGUUCUGGAAUGCUCAGAGUCCAGCAACGCAGAUGUGUUCCAAGCGGCACGAGUGCACCUAGGCUGCUUGGGCAUCAUCCUCACCGUCACCCUGCAGUGCGUGCCACAGUUCCACCUGCAGGAAACAUCCUUCCCCUCUACCCUCAAGGAGGUCCUCGACAACCUGGACAGCCACCUGAAGAAGUCAGAAUACUUCCGCUUCCUCUGGUUCCCACACAGCGAGAACGUCAGCGUCAUCUACCAAGAUCACACCAGCAAGGCUCCCUCCUCUUCAACUAGCUGGUUUUGGGACUACGCCAUUGGAUUCUACUUACUGGAGCUUCUGCUCUGGACCAGCACCUUCCUGCCCUGCCUCGUGGGCUGGAUCAACCGCUUCUUCUUCUGGCUACUGUUCAACUGUACGAAGGAGAACAGCAACAUCAGCCACAAGAUCUUCACUUAUGAGUGUCGCUUCAAGCAGCACGUGCAGGACUGGGCCAUCCCUAGGGAGAAGACCAAGGAGGCCCUGCUGGAGCUGAAGGCCAUGCUGGAGGCCCACCCCAAGGUGGUGGCCCACUACCCUGUGGAGGUGCGCUUCACCAGGGGUGAUGACAUCCUACUGAGCCCCUGUUUCCAGAGAGACAGCUGCUACAUGAACAUCAUCAUGUACAGGCCCUAUGGCAAAGAUGUGCCCCGGCUGGACUACUGGCUAGCCUAUGAGACCAUCAUGAAGAAGUUCGGGGGCAGGCCCCACUGGGCCAAGGCCCACAACUGUACCAGGAAGGACUUCGAGAAAAUGUACCCCUCUUUUUCAAAGUUCUGUGCCAUCCGGGAGAGACUGGACCCCACUGGCAUGUUCCUGAAUUCUUACCUGGAGAAGGUGUUCUACUGAGUGGGGAGUAGAAACAAGCCAUCCCGCAGACCUCUCCUACUGCUGCUGUGAUUUGGGUGGGAGUCCCGGGUCCCACUAGCCCAAUGGGAGCAGUCCUCCCCUUCCAACCAGAGAUGGGCUGGGCCCUGGGCUCCCUUCUCCAUCAUCCUCACAUCUUCCUGGCAACAGGAGGUGGCUUCUCACCCAAAUCCCUGUCUCCACACCCCAACCCCACUUCACCUCCCUGCAACUACAAUCACCACAUCUUCUUUUCCCGGGAGAAAGGUGCACCCUAACACCUAAUAUUUGCUUAGGUCAGGGAUUUGGUCAUUCCUAGAUUCCACCUGCCAGCCAGGUGUAGUGUAAUCCUGGAGGCCUGCAGCUUCCGGUUUCUAGAAGGAGCCCCUUGGCAAAAGUUUGGGCACAGAGGUGACAGGAACCAUGCUCUUUUCUUUCUGGGUCUUCCGGACAUUCAGAGACUGCCUGUUGGGGUUGUCCUGGAUGCGCUCUCUUCCAGAUGGGUCCACCUGGCCACCUAACUGCCACAGCCCGACCCUCAGGGUGUCUCUUUCAGGGGACAAUUAGAAUGGCACUCCCUUCACCUUCUUAAUAAAGACCAGCAGUUGAUACUCUA